AUGUCAGAGUCUGAAAACGAACAGAAACUCGCAAGUGAACUUAAAAGCAGAAUUCUUGAAACGCAAGAAAGGAACAAGUUAAAAAGAUUACUGACAAAAAGACUUAGAGAUUGUGGAUGGAAAGAUAAAAUUAAAAAACGUUGUGUAGAUAAGAUAAGAACUGAAGGAGUUGAAAAUAUCAAAUUAGAUCAACUUGAAGAAUACGUAUUAAAACAUGGCCGAGAGGCCGUUCCAGAUGACGUAAAAGUAGAAAUGUUACAACAAAUCUCAAGUUAUCUGGACAAACAUGUGUCUCAACUUGAGAAAAACAUAAAAUAA